CACACACAGGUCAGGAAUGUGGUUUGCGGAAAACAGGCUGCAGUGUUGUGUUUCUGAGGAUAUUUGCAAAUUAAGAAAGGUGUCAGAAUGGUUACAUGCGCCAACAGGUGUGGUGCAGCGUGGUCGUCAGUGCCCGCUUGUUUCCCAAAUCAUGUCUUACACUCCGCAAUUUUAGACUAACCACCAAUAGCUUUCACUUCCAAUCCGCCCCGGCCGCUGAAGGCCCAUGACGAGGAAUUUUGAAAUGUGUGGGAGUCAUCUGCUCACCAGAACGCACGCCAGACACGCUGGGGUGGCAAGCACGCCGGCGAGAGUUAACAGGCUGGAUGACAAAAUGGUCCGGGCCUUUUCCCUUCCCCCUUCGACCUCUCCCUUCCUCGCUUUCCUUCUCCUUUAUUUACUUCCUCGGCCUCUACUAUUCUCCCCGCUGUCCCACGUCCCACUGAGUUGGACUUCGCCUCACGAUCCCUGCUACCACCCAGACGGCCGUCCUCGCCACUGUCUGUCCGAGUUCAUCAACGCCGCCUACGGCGUCCCGGUCAACGCCAGCCGCUCCGUCCGAGGCGUCGAAUUUGACGGCAAUGUCACCACCUUGACGGACCUUCACAAUCCUCACAACCUCACCUGUUGGCAGGCUGAAGGGGGUCAGGACAGCGGGGACUGGGUCCUCACCGUGCCCCUGGGUCGCCGCUUUGAAAUCACCUACAUUAGUCUGCAGUUCUGCUACCAUGGGGAGCCAUCGGACCCGAUCUCAAUCUCCAUCUUCAAGUCCAUGGACUACAGACACAGUUGGAGACCGAUGCAACAUUAUUCCAACGACUGCUUUGGGGAUUUUGGACUUCCCUCCCAGACGGUGGCCCGGACCAGACACCAGGAAACGGAACCGCUAUGCUCUGAUCCUCGGCCCUUGCAGAGGCAGCGGGGCGGUACGGUGCUGGCCUUCUCAGCCCUUGACGGACGCCCGUCCUCUCCUGAUUUUGACUACAGUCCCACAUUGCAAGACUGGGUGACAGCUACAGAUAUCCGCGUGGUUUUCCACCGAGCAUCCGCAAACACAAAACUGAGCUCAGGCAAGAAGAAGGACAGCUGGACGGAGGAGGGACCAGUUAUCGCCCUCCCGAGGUUGAGUUCAGGCUAUGCUGCAGAUCCGAUUCGCAACACAGAUAACAUGCUGUCCUUUUUAAACAGGGCCACAAAAAACUCUGAAAUGAGCAUCCGGAAGAAAGCAGACAAGCUUCGAGGGAGAGGUCAUCACAAGGUUGGAAACAACGUGACCAUCAAGGAAAGCGCGGACACUUUCAGCUUGGAUGAUUCCUCCAAAAAGGCCGCGAGAGCUCGAAAGCUCGGUCGUAAGAAGGACGGCGAGGAGUGGCUCCUUUGUCCCAACGGCGACUGCAACUGGACCGUGGAGGGACGCCACAGAGGCUCCAAGGGACGAGAACUGAGAAAGCGAAGAAACAACCAGCCCAAUACCCGGCAACCCACCAGAAACCUCCAGGCGGCACCACAAGCAACCCCGACCGCAGCCUCCCCGCCCCCUUUGGUCCUCUCGGACCUGCAGGUAGGGGGUCGGUGCAAAUGCAACGGACAUGCUUCCAAGUGUCGACGUGACGACGCGGGGCGGGCCGUGUGCGUCUGCGAGCAUCACACGGCUGGCCCAGAUUGUGAUGUCUGCGAGGAUUUCUACUUUGACAGACCCUGGCAUCGGGCCACGCCCACGCACCCCAAUCCUUGUGUGGCAUGCGAGUGUAACGGCCACUCCAACAAGUGCCGCUUCAGCAUGGAGGUGUUCCAGCAGUCUGGACGGCGCAGCGGCGGCGUGUGCCUCAAGUGUCGCCACCACACCGCCGGACGCCACUGCCAGUACUGCCACAACGGGUACACCCGGGACCAAAGCAAGCCGCUGCACCACCGCAAAGCCUGCCAACCUUGUCAGUGCCAUCCUCUGGGAGCGGUGGGCCGCUGGUGUAACCACACGUCGGGUCAGUGCCUGUGCCGACAAGGAGUGACCGGCCUCAGGUGCAACCGCUGCGCCCGUGGAUACAAACAGGGCACGUCGCCUUUGCGUCCGUGCGUCCGGAUUCAAGAGGUUGCUCCAACUCCGGUCUUUCAGCCCCAGUACAGCAUCGAUGAGGAGUGUGUGUCCCACUGCCAGCCUUCGCAGGUGAAAGUCAGGAUGAACUUGGACACGUACUGCCGCAAGGACUACGUGCUGAAGGUGCAGGUGAGAGGGAUGGAGCGUUCGGGUCCCUGGUGGCAGUUUUCCAUCUCGGUCCAAGUCGUCUUCCGCACGGGAUCCCCCACCCACAUCCGCAGAGGCCCCCAAUCCCUUUGGGUCCCCGAUCGGGACCUGGCCUGCGGAUGCCCCGCCCUCCACGUGGGCCGGACCUUUCUGCUGAUUGGCGCCAACGAGGGCGAGAGAGGCUGGGCGCCGGACGAGAGGAGGCUGGUGGCCGACCGCUCCACGUUGGCUCUCCAGUGGCGGGAACACUGGAGCCCCAAGCUGAGAGGCUUUCGCGGGCAGGACAAGAGGGGGCGCUGUGCUGACCGACCCCUUCACCAGCAAAGCAAGCCCUUAGAGUCUCAGACGGGAUACAUCCCGCCUCACCUGCUGGCUGACACGGACGGCGGAAACUCGGCGAGCGAGGUCUCGACCUCGUCGCCACAACACAGGGUCACCCAGGCUCUCAAAGCAUGAAGCCUUAAUUUGCUUUUUUUUUUUUUUAAUGCUUUUUGCUUUACCACUAUGCCUUCAUGUUCUUGUCAUAAAAUUAUUUUAUUUGAA